AUGAUUGAUGACCAUCAACAAAAAACCGCUCUAGAUGACUACUUGAUCCUCCUAGGAUAUAUCCUCGCCAUCUCCCAAUCUGUUACCUCGUGGUACUACAUCGAAACCAACUAUGUCGGCAUUCACUUUGCGGAAAUUCCAGAGCACGAUCCCAGACCUGGGCUAGAGUGGAACUGGGCAAAUCAGCUCCUGUAUAAUCCAGCCUUGACCGUGAUAAAACUCUCGAUCUUAUUCUUCCUGCGCCGAAUCGAUUCACGCUCACGUGUGAUCCAAUACCUCAUCUGGAGCUCCUUCGCUAUGGUAGUCGGCCUUUUCAUCACCGUCCUCAUCGUCGAUAUUUUCCAAUGCAGCCCAGUGCAAUACGUCUACGACAUGACCAUCCCGGGCGGGAAAUGCAUCAACCAAGGCGUAUUCUAUGUCUCAACCGCAGCGCUAAACCUCUUCACUGAUCUGAUGGUCCUCUCAAUCCCGAUCAUAAUUACCGCUCGCCUCCAAAUGCCCCUCCGACGCAAGUUCGCCGUGUGCAUCAUCCUAUGUCUAGGUGGAGUAGCAACCGCCAUCGGAGUGUGGCGCGUCAUCAUCCUCGCUACAGCAUUCCUCUCCAAAACCCCAAACCCUGAUCCAACCUACUCAAUCGGAUUCUGCAGCUCGGCAGUCGAGGUGCAUGUCGCUGUGGUGACAGCCUGCGGACCCUCUAUGAAAGCUAUCAGCAGCAGAUUCCUCCCCAAACUGCUUGGCAGCUCGCGGGAGAAAUCCACUUACGGCGCUGGCACCGGUACCGGCACCGGCAUCGGCAUCGGCUCGCGACUCCGCUCGACCAUCUUCAAGUCUUCCUCACAGGCCCAGCCAUCCAUGUACUCCCACACCGAUUACGAGAUGGCGGAUCCGUUGGGUGGACCGCGUACUGAUUUUGGUAGCGAUUUCGAAAUGCCUUUGCAUUUGGCUGAACACACUGCAAAUAUGGCAACCCAGUACGAGCUACCAUUCAAGCUAGCGGAUCCUAGUCUGCUGAAAUUCGACUCCAUCGUCGGCGACAAAUGGAUCGGUGCAAAGAGCGGAAAGCGAUUUGAAGUACUUGAUCCCGGCACAGACAAAGCAUGGGCCAGCUGCCCCGCCAAUACAGCAGAAGAUGUAUCCGCCGCCGUUGAAACCGCUCACACAGCCUUCGAGCAAUUCCGCAAAGUCAACCCCCGCCAACGCGCAAAGUGGCUACUAAAAUGGCACGAUCUGACCUUAGCCGCCCGCGAGGAUCUUGCCCAGAUCGUGACCCAUGAAACCGGAAAACCGCUCGCAGAAGCAUACGGCGAGAUCGACUACUCCCUCGGCUUCUUAUGGUGGUUCGCUGGGGAAGCAGAGCGCAUCCAUGGCACUGUAUCAACAGCCGCGGCACCAAACCGUCGCCUCUUCACCAUCAAGCAGCCGAUCGGCGUGGCUGCCGCACUCGUCCCAUGGAACUUCCCUGUUGCUAUGGUUCUGCGGAAAGUCGGUGCUGCGAUGGCGGCUGGCUGCACGAUGGUAGUCAAGCCCAGUCCCGAGACGCCGAUUUCGGCACUCGUGUUAGCCGAGCUGGCGCAUCGUGCAGGCAUCCCAGCUGGUGUGUUGAAUGUGCUGACUACGGACUUGGAGAAUACCCCUGCGCUAAGCGAGGCGUUGUGUAAACACCCACUCGUUAAGAAGGUUACAUUCACAGGCUCAACGCGGGUUGGUAAGUUGGUUGCUUCGCACUGUGCGCAUGGUCUUAAGAAAUUGACCCUCGAGCUUGGUGGAAAUUGUCCUUUCCUUGUUUUCGACGAUGCCAAUCUGGAUCAGGCAGUUGAGCAGCUCAUGUCGCUAAAAUGGCGUCAUGCCGGUCAGGCUUGUAUUACUGCCAACCGGAUUUAUGUUCAGGCUGGGGUUUAUGAUCGCUUCGCUGCGCUUCUGAAGGAGCGCACUUCUGCGCUGGUUGUUGGUCAUGGUGCGGUGGUUGGUACCACUAUGGGACCAUUGACCACGCCCAGGAGUAUUGAUAAGGCCUUUGCACAGGUUGAGGAUGCUCGUCGGCUCGGUGCAGAUGUUAUCUUGGGCGGUAAUCCUCUCAAGUCGAAGCCGGGUUAUUUCUUCGAGCCUACUAUUUUGUCUGGCAUGACCGAGGAGAUGCUCAUUUCUCAGGAAGAAUCGUUUGCGCCUAUUGCUGCGCUGUACCGAUUUGAGACUGAGGAGCAGGCUGUCAAGCUGGCUAAUGAUACCAGCAUGGGUCUGGCUAGUUAUGCCUUCACUAAGAAUAUCGAUCGCAUGUGGCGUCUCUUGGAGAACUUGGAGGCGGGCAUGAUCGGAAUGAAUACAGGCAACUCAUCGGCUGCCGAAUCGCCUUUCGGUGGUGUUAAGGAGUCUGGUUAUGGCAAAGAAAGUGGAAAAGAUGUGGCUGUCAAUGAGUACUUGGUUACCAAAACAGUCGUCAUUCACCUCACUAUGGACAACCUUAGUCCAUUACGACACCUGGUUCAGUCUCACCCACUAAUUGACAACCAUGGCCACAACCUCCUGAACCGCGAGUCAGCCACUGACUAUGACAAUUACCCAUUAGAGGCUAUCACCACCUCAGCGCACGGUCGCGCCCUAGAAAAUGCCCGCACCACCCUCCCCUCGCUGCGGGCCACAACCCAGCUCUCUGAGCUAUACGGAAGUCCCUGUGCAGACUGGAACGACGUCCAAUCUGCCCACGAGCGAAGCGUGCGUGAAGACUACGACGGCCUGAUCCGAAAGUCUCUAGAAGGCACACACGCACUUCUCCUCGAUGACUAUCUCAGCGAUGACGAAGACGUUGAACCUUCCGGCUGGCACGAUACCUUCACCGUCUCAGCGACAAAGCGGAUCGUGCAGAUCGAAGCCCUGGCAGAAUCUACAGUCCUGGACGUGUCCAACGCGCGCAAGAAUGGCGAAUCAGUCUGGAACAAUUUCCGACAACGGUUCCAGGAUGCUCUUGCCUCUGCCCUGGACGAUCCCAACAUCGUGGCCUUUAAGUCGGAAAUCUGCUGUCGGACUGGAUUGGACGUGGAUCCGUAUUCCUCCGACGAUACAACUCUGGGCGGGUCAUUGAUUCGAAUCCUCGAUUCUGGAACCACCAGGUCCGGCUUCGAGGUCGAUGAUAAGGGAAUAUGCGACUGGAUUGUCCAGCAGACUCUGAAAGCGAUCACGUUUAAAAAGAGGGCUGGUGUUGCCAAACCUUUGCUGUUUCACACGGGCCUGGGAGAUAAUCGGGUUAAUCUUUCGCGAGCUAACCCUGCUUGUCUGCAGCCUUUAAUCGCGCAGUAUGCUGAUGCGGAUAUUGUGCUGUUGCACGCUGGAUACCCCUACGUCCGCGAAGCGGGUUAUCUGGCUUCAGCUUAUCCCAAUGUCUAUGUUGACCUCGGGAAGGUGUUCCCCAUGGUCAGCCGAGAGGCGCAGGUGAAGGUUCUGAGAGAAAGUCUGGAGCUCGCGCCAACCAGCCGCUUGCUAUGGAGUACUGAUGGCCGGUUUCACCCGGAGUCGUUCUGGUUGGCUAAUCGGCAAUUCCGUCAGGCUCUCGAGACGGUACUCGUGGAUUACGUUCUACAUGGCGACUUCACUGCGUCACAGGCUAUGAAGAUUGCAGCCGAUGUUCUGUUCAACAAUUCUAACCGUCUUUACAGUCUCAACUUGACUGCAGCAUACACACCUGGAGAAUAA